AGCGACGUCAGCGGGACGGCAGGCGGUCAGCUGAGCGGGAGACGUGAGUGGUACCUAUACGUAUUGGCCUUCCCGGACUCGAGGAACAACGUGUGCUGGUCAUUCACCAUAAAUUAAUGUUCUAUACUCACUUGGCGGGAGGCACCCAACAAAUAGAAUGGCCCUUAAUUAAGAGAAACCUGCAUGUAUGGAGAAUUUACAACAAUGGCCAGCCUAUAUAGUGAUGAGGCAUCUUUCUCUACAGAAAGUAAAGCAACAGACUUCAUACCAAGAGCUUACCAACUGGAACUCUACGAACAUGCCAAGAAGCGGAAUUCCAUUCUUGUUCUGGGUACAGGGUCAGGCAAGACCUUCAUUUCCAUACUGCUCAUCAAAGACCUUGGAUAUCAGAUUCGAAAGUCAUUAAAAGAAAAUAGAAAAUGGACAGUGUUUGUGGUUAACACAGUUCCCCUAGUGUACCAGCAAGGACAUGCAAUACACAAACACACUGCAUUUGACGUUGGUAUGUUUGAACGUUCAAGAGGAAUUGACAUCUGGACAGAUGAAGAUUGGAAAGAAGAACUGAACAAAAAUGAAGUUCUUGUGUUAGUUGCUCAAAUCUUCCUGGAUCUCAUACUUCAUUCUCAGAUGUCCUUGGCAGAUGUCAAUCUGCUUAUCCUUGAUGAGUGUCAUCAUGCUACAGGGAACCAUCCCAUGCGUGAAAUUAUGAGGACAUAUGAGCGUCUUAAAGCCCACAAACCUGAGCUCUGUCCAAGAGUACUGGGUCUUACUGCUUGUGUAAUUCACAAGAAAUGUAAGUUUGAUGAUGUAAGAAAUCAAAUCAAAGAACUGGAAAAAACAAUGUUUUCUGCUUUAACAACUUCAGUAGAUGCUCAAGCAGUAAAGAAACACACCACUGCAGCCAAAGAGGUUGUAAUUUGCUUUCCUUCAUGUGAAGUUUCAGAAUAUGCAGAAAAUGUUCAAGCACAAUUAAUUGGUAUUAAGAGUGAGAUAGAUGAAAUGGAAAAUAUUGAUGAGAAACAAAAAAAAGUGUUGAAAAAAAAGUUAGACAACAUUAGUGAGAUCAUGGGUCAUCUGGGAGACUGGUGUGGGGCCAGAGCUGUCAAAUUUGAAAUGGAAAAUUUUGAAGAAACAGAAGACUUUGAAGAAAUACCAGCUGUAAGAGAUUUAAAGAAGCUUCUUUGCCAAAGAUUGGAAUUAAUUUAUAAGUAUUGUUGUGAUGAGGAGAAGAAAAUGUUCCAACCAUUAAGUCAUGCCUCUGAAAAAGUUAAAAGGUUGUGUGAUAUAUUGUCAGUGUGUAAGAAUGAUGUGUGUGGGCUUAUCUUUGUAGAAAGAAGAAACACAGCCAAGUUGUUGUAUGACUUUCUCCUGGAAGCUGCAAAGUUGUACAAAGAACUUUCUUUCAUUAAGCCUGCAUAUGUUAUAAGUGCCAAUUCUAGGUAUUCUACUGAUAUCAAUUUGCUUCAGAAUGAACUUAAGAAACAAAAGCAAACUUUAAUGGCAUUUUCCAGAGGAGAGAGUAAUUUUUUGAUCUCAACAAGUGUUUUAGAAGAAGGUUUAGAUGUUAGAAAAUGCAAUGCAGUGAUUCGCUUUGACAGAGCGAUGAAUUUUCGUUCUUAUAUCCAGUCCAGAGGGAGGGCUAGAGCUGUCCCUGCAAAAUAUAUCCUAAUGAUUGAAGAAAGUGGUUUAGAUGAUCUCUUGUCAUCUGUUAGGUUAUACAGAGAAAUUGAAUCUGUUUUAACAGAUAUCUGCAAUAACCGAGAGUUGCCCACAGACUUGGAAACAAGCCUUCAUUUUGCAGAAGAUGAGCAUGUGCCUCCUUAUGAGCCAUUUGGCCCAGAUGGUCCUAGAAUCACUUUUAAUUCUGCCAUAUCCCUUAUUAACGUGUAUUGUGGAAAGCUACCCCAAGACAAAUUCACUGAGUUGGUACCUGAAAUUGUUUAUGAGACAUCCACUGAGGAUGAGGAAAACAGGAUUGUUGCUGGCAUUAAACUACCUAUAAAUUCAUGUUUGAAAGAAACUGUGUAUGGGGAUUACAUGAAAAACAGGGAGCAUGCCAAAAAGAGUGCUGCAUUAGCACUCUGUAAAAAGCUUCAUGAGAUGAAAGAACUGGAUGACCGCCUCCGUCCAGCAGAAAAAUCAGAGAAAAAUAUGUUAGAUGAUCUCAUACAGGUGCCACCAGAAGAGCCUGCUGAGAGUGGCAUGCCUCAGCCUGGCACUAAAAAGCGUAGGCAGAUUUAUAACAGAGAGGUGUGUCAGGCCCUUUCUGUCACAAAAAAAAGUUUCAAGCUGUAUGAGGUUGUUGUGAAAUCAAAACCAUUCAGCUCAAAUCAAGUAACAGUUGAUUCAGAGGAUAUGAACAUGUCAGUGGGGUUGCUUUGCAAGGAGACUCUGAGACUUCCUUCAUUCCCAUUAUACUCACCAAAAUGGAAUGAGGUGAUAGUUAGAAUUCGGUUAAUUAAUGAGUCCAUUCACCUUGAUCAUAAAACUGUUAAUCAUGUUGAGUAUUUUCACAAAAUUGUCUUUGAGACUUUGCUUGAUAUCAGUCCAACUCUGUUUGAUUAUUAUCCUCAAAAGACAAGUCUGCUAAUUUUACCAUUGAUAGGAGGCCAGAUUGAUGUUCCUCUCCUCUCAGACAUUGCUUCCAGAGAGACUUUAAGAGUGUUUGAGGCAGAAACUCCUCCUAACAGAAUAUUCAACUUUGUAAGAUCUGAUUUUGAGGAUGCCAUUAUUUACCCUCUCUAUGUAACCAAGUCUGAUGAACCCAUGUAUUAUAUCACAGAAAUUGAGGAUCAUAUGAGUCCUCAAGAUAAAUUCCCUGAUAAACAUUACAACUCUUAUAAAGACUAUUUCCAUUUAAGAUACAACAGAGAGAUAAGCAAUAAGUGUCAACCAUUAUUAACAGCAAAGCAUUUGCCAAAAGAUCUUAAUAACUUGAAAAUGAUUGUCCAAAGAGGAAGAGGGAAAAAGAAAGGUCAGGAACCUCCUAAGCUUAUGCCAGAGUUAUGUGGCAUUUUGCCACUUAGAGCCUCCCUAUGGUGGCAAAUCAUGAUGAUGCCAUCUGUGCUCCAUCGUCUCAAUAGCUUAUGUGUGGCAGAAGAAAUGAGCAACAUGAUGACUCCCCCAGACUCUCAUGUCAUAUCCAGAUGGCAGUGUAAUGAGACUGAUAACUUGGAUUUUGAUUGGUUAUCUAAGUUCAUCAAGGAAAUAAUGCAGCAUACUAGAAACAAUUUACCAGUAAUCCUAGCCAAUGCUGAACCCAAACCCAUUCAGCCCUUCAUGAUUCUGAAUGCACUCACACUACAAGGAUCAAAUGAUAACUUUGACAUAGAGAGACUGGAAGUGUUGGGAGAUUCCUUCCUUAAAUAUACUGUUGCUGAGUAUCUAUUUUUGAAGUAUCCUUUGGAGCAUGAAGGAACACUUUCCCAGCGACGUAGCCAGUUUGUUAGCAACAAAACCUUAUACUCCCUUGGGAAAGUUAAAAAGAUACCAGAGAAAAUUCAGUCUAUUAUAUUGAAUCCAAAAUUCAAUGGAAUUUUGCCAGGAUUUGUCCUGAAACCAGAAAUGGAACUCCAGCUUCAAGAAAUUAAGGCUCCUCAUGAUAUGUGGACAAGAUCUGCUGAUGUGACUAUGGAACAAUUGAAGGAGGAAAUAAAGAAAAUGGAAGAUGGAAGCAGAAAACCAUGCUACAACCCAUGGACACAACAUGAAGUCUCUGACAAGAGUGUUGCAGACAGUGUUGAGGCUCUUAUUGGUGUCUCCUUGCUCGUCGGUGGCCGUGAGACAGCCAUGAAUUUUCUCAGCAACUUAGGCAUGGAAGUCUUUAAUGGCACUUCAUUGAAAUCUGGUUUACCUGUACCAUCAGCUCUACUAAGCAAAGAGAAAUGGGCAAAUGAAGAAAUGCUCAGGUAUUAUGAAAAAUAUUGCCUUGACCGCCUUGAAGAAAAGAUCCAGUACACUUUCAAAGAUAAAAGCUUUAUUGUCCAGGCUACAACUCACAGCUCUUUCUGCCAAAACAAAGUGACUGAUUGCUACCAGAGACUUGAAUUUUUGGGGGAUGCUAUCCUAGAUUACUUAGUGACGGGGAUAGUGUUCUUCAACCAUGCUGAUUACACACCUGGUCAGAUGUCAGACCUUAGGUCAUAUUACGUGAAGAAUGAAACUUUGGCAAGAGCAGCUGUCAGGAAGAAUUUGCAGUGUCAUUUACUGUAUCUUGCCCCCAAGCUUCAGGCCUCGAUUGACAAGUUUAUUAACCUCUUCCAAAAUGGACUUGAUGAUGAUGAGGAAAUUUUCACAGAAGAUGAUGCUGUGGAUUUGGAGGAUGUGGAAGUCCCCAAAGCUCUUGGAGAUCUGAUAGAGGCCAUCAUUGGUGCUGUCUAUCUUGAUAGUGGGAAAUCCUUGCAGAGAGCAUGGGAUGUGGUGCAGGUCCUCAUGGGUGAUAUAAUAGAAGAAACCCUGAAGAGGAAAGACAUCCCCAUCAAUUGUGUUCGCAAACUGUAUGAAAUGGUGCCUUCUGGAAUUAAAUUUGUCAAGAUACCCUAUCAGGAGGCUGAUGGCAAGGCAACCUAUGAGCUUCAAAUUCCUGGCCUACCCCCAUUGAUCAGAAGUGGGAAGAAUUAUGAUGUUGCCAAGAUAGUGGCAGCAAAGGCAGGACUCCGUUUGCUAAAGGAGAAAGAAAGGGAACGGGAUUCUGCAUGGUGAUAGGACAUUCAAAGCCAGACAAAAAUUCACUCAGGCCUUAAUGAUCAUCUUGGCCUGACUGGUGACAUGACAGACUUAAACACUUCCCAUUACCUAUUUAUCAUACUGUUAAUUUUCUGGGUUUCCAUGAAGUUCCAUAAAUGGGCAUGAUAUAUGGACUAUUCUAUACUGGUAUAUAAAGAAACAAUAUUAUGACCUGUAGAUAUGUAUUUUGUAUUAAUUUUUUCUAGGAUAGGUAGUAUUAUAUAGGGUAGUAUUAUAUAGGGUUUUAUAUGUAGUGGCAGGUAAAGCCUGAAGUUCAUUGAGAAGAUGGUUCCUGUUUUACAACCACUAUUUUUUAUUUUAUUUUGUUUUAUUUUAUUUUAUUUUAUUUUAUUUCAUUUAUUUAUUUAUUUUUAUUUAUGUGUGUGUGUGUGUGUGUGUGUGUGUGUGUGUGUGUGUGUGUGUGUGUGUGUGUGUGUGUGUGUGUGUGUGUGUGUGUGUGUGUGCGUGCAUGCGUGCGUGUGUGCGUGCGUGCGCGUGCGCACGCACAUGCAUGUGCAUGUGUGUGUGUAAGUAAAUAUAAGAUUUAGAUUAAGAGUUUAUUUUAGAAAUAAGGAUGAAAUUCUGUUGAUUUAGAGAUAAGAGUAUCAUAAUAUAUCUGUAAAAGUUUUUUAGAUAACUUCUUAGAGAGAAUGGAAUUAGAUUUGUAUUCUUAACUUUUUGCUUUACUUUUGUCAGUGAAAACUAUAGACAGAAUGUGAAAGCUCACCUGAUAGUCAUAUGUAGUACAAUCAUUCCUGCCAGAAAGCUUCUGUCCUUAAAUAUAAAUGUAAGGAAGCUCUUUAAUAAUGAAUUCUUUAAUCCCAAAAAAAAAAAAAAUGUGUUGCAUUGUGAUACUUUAGUAUACAGAAGGAAAUGAUCAAAGCAUACAUGAUCAGAAUAUGACUAAAGUUUAGAGAUUUUACCGUAUAAUAAUAGAUAUAGAUGUGAAGAAACAUUCUUGAUAACUAUUAUAGUGCUCAUCGUUUUUAUAUAUUCAGUAUUCCUCCUUUUUUCUUUCUUGAACAUUUGUUUAUGUAUUUAAGGCACCAUUCAGUAAAAAUAGGUAUUUCUUGAAAAAUCAAUUUUCCACAGAAAAAAAGUUCAAUGAUGUGGCAAUGUCAAAGAGUUCUCAAAGCUGUACCCUGUUUUUAGUGCUCUGGAUGUGUGUCCCUUUAAAUCUUUCCAUGUGCUCAGUAAGGAUUUGAUUAAAUGGACAUCAUGUCUCAGUUUCUGCAACAUAAAACCAACUGUUAUAAUUGUUUAGGUAUUAUUUUUUGUUGUCAACACGUGGCAGGUUACAUAAUACAUCAUGUUAUACUAUCAAAAAAUCUUAUGAAAAUAUUGGUGCCUUAUGACCAUUUAAUCAAGUGAAAAUGAUUCUUUGUUUUCGUAUUGUGUAUUUUGUUGUAAUAUAAGUGUAUAUUUUUAUACUAGUGCUUUAAAGAAUGAAUUAACAUAACUCUGUGAAGAGAAUAUUGAUAUAUUUUGUUGAAAGGAAGGUGUUUUAGGGUGGUCAUAAAAAGUACUGAAGUAGGUCUUUGUUAAAGUGGUGGUAGACUGGGUUCUGUUCCCCCUAAAUGAUGAAUUUAUAUAUUUACAAGUGUUACAAGAAUUGAUUGCAUCUUUCCUUGUAAUGGUGAGUAUUCCAUGACAUGGGGCUGGGUGUAGAUAGUUGUGUUAAGAGGUAACUGUUAGUGUCAAAGUUACUGGUUUAUUGAUUUUGGUGUGGGCAUAUUCGAGAUAUUUCAGUCCAGCCAGCUUGUUAAGUGUUGGUUGUUACUAUGAUAACGUUAUAAAUCCCUCUAAUUUUGGCAUGCUGUGGUCACAUUUGUCUCGUCAAGAUUUCCAGCUUUACUUAGGCCAGUGGUUGCUAACCUGUAGAACUCAAUCACAGACAUUUCUUUGAGGGAAUUCUUUGAAACAAGUAUUAGAUGAUAGACAGAAUGAUAGCCAUUGAUGUUUCAGUUUAAACUGUGAGUUGCUAAGAUUAUUUGCUUUGGUUAUGUGGAUCACUUGAAGAUUGAUUUCAUUUAAUUAAAUGUAGUUCCCAUGACCUUUCAGAUUGCCUUAUGUAACCUUUUAAUCUUCUAUGCCAUAAUAUAAAUAGCUCAGCCUUUAUUUUCAUAUUUUUCCUCAGAGAUCAACUUUCUAUCUUGCUCAGUUUCUUUUAAUUUCUCCAAAUAAUUUUUGUGAUUUCUUUCCCCCAAUCAUGCUGUGGGACCAUAUCAUCAUCCAUAUACCAAAAGGCUUGCAGCGUGUUGGUCAAAAUUCUAUAUUUGCCUUUUGCAGUCAUUUUAGUAUGAUCAUAGAGUGAGGAAUCAUUGUAUAUAAAUAGAGAAUAUAGAGAACAUCUAAGUUCGUACUGGAAGCCAAAACGUAUUAAUAGCAAAAGAGAGAGGCAUGGAAGUGGUGAGGAAGGAAAGUGAAAGAGUAAUACUGUUAAAGCAAUGAAAGCAAGACAACACAAGCUUAUCACAAAGUCUAUGUAUAUGCAUUAUUUUUAUUUAUUUAUAUGUAUUUUAUUUUAUUUUAUUUUAUUUAUUUAUCCAUUAUUUAUUUAUUUUUUAUUUUUUUUUGUUUGUGUACAUUUUAGGUUCAAAGACUAUAGUAUUUACCAUGUACAUAAUUGUUGACUGUGAUUACUUUCUUUUUUUUCUUCAUGGAUUUUGAAGUAUAUUUACUUCUUAAAAGAGAAUAGCCAUUUAUUCCUCAGAUAAUGUAGGAAAUUACAGACACAUGGAUAUGUCAUUCUAUUAAAUUGCAUUCUAUUAAAUUGUAUAGGAUAUGUCAUUCUAUUAAAUUGCAUUCUAUUAAA